CUCUUACGCUCCUCCUCUCAUCCUGAGUUCUCUCCCACUUUUCUUUUGCUCUUUUUUUUUUUGUUGGGCCAAGAGUUCUCUCCCACUCAUUCCUGCCCUUUUCCUGCUCUCUCAACUUUCUUGUGACGGCGAGCAGAGCGGAGAGAGAAAAAAAAAGGAAGGAGGAAGAAAGAGCGCGCCUGUCAAGAGAGCGGCAUGGGACAGACUCUUCCCGAGAUUCUUCAUUCUAAUUAAAAUACGUACAUUCAAAAUAGAAUAACAAAACAGAGGAGAGCAAACGCUAAAGAAGACGAAACCCACGUGACCGUCCUCUCACACUUCCCAUCUUCCUUCUCUCUCUCUCUCUCCUUCUUCGUGGUCUCUUCCUCACCGCUCUUCUCUUUUCUUGCCUGCUGUUCUGUACCAUCUUCUUUGUUCUCGUUCUCAGCAAGAAAUCAUUCCUCCAGACGAAACGAAACCCACUUUCCCACCCUUCCUCACCAACCCAACCCCACUCUCACUCUUCCUGUCCCCCUCCAUCUUUAUAUAAACAUCAUCCCGACGCCACUGCAACGGCGAGACUAGCGAUGGCGACGGCGACCACCACCACGGCGGCGCUUCUCCUUCUCCUCCUCCUCUGCUCCUCCUUCUCCUUCUACGUGGCGGUAGGAGAAGAGAAGCGGCAGACGUACAUCGUCCAUAUGGCCAAGUCCCGGAGGCCGAGCACCUUCGCCGAACAUGGCCACUGGUACGACGCAUCCCUCCGCUCUGUCUCUAGCUCCGCCGAGAUCCUCUACUCCUACGACACUGUCGCUCACGGCUUCUCCGCCCGCCUCACCACGGCCGAGGCCCAAGCCUUGGAAUCCCUCGAUGGCGUCCUCUCCGUCCUCCCGGAGGUCCGCUACGAGCUCCACACAACUCGGACACCGGAGUUCCUGGGCCUCGACAAGAGCGAUGACCUCGUCCCCCAGGCCAACACCGGCAGCGACGUCGUGGUGGGAGUUCUCGACACCGGCGUCUGGCCGGAGAGGAAAAGCUUCGACGACGCGGGCUUCGGGCCCGUGCCGGCCGGGUGGAAGGGCGCGUGCGAGGAGGGGAAGGACUUUAAGGCGACGGAUUGCAACCGGAAACUCAUCGGGGCGCGGUUCUUCUCCAAGGGCUACGAGGCCAGCAUGGGCCCAAUCGACGAGACAAGGGAGUUGCGAUCUCCGCGCGACAGCGAUGGCCACGGGACCCACACCUCCACCACCGCCGCCGGCUCCGCCGUGACGGACGCGAGCCUCCUCGGCUUCGCCGCCGGCACCGCCAGGGGAAUGGCGACCCGGGCCCGCGUCGCCGCGUACAAGGUGUGCUGGGUCGGCGGGUGCUUCAGCUCCGACAUCCUCGCCGCAAUAGACAGGGCGGUGGACGACGGGUGCCACGUACUCUCUCUCUCCCUCGGCGGCGGUAUGUCGGAUUAUUAUAGGGACAGCGUAGCGAUCGGGGCGUUCAACGCGAUGGAGAAGGGGGUUCUGGUCUCGUGCUCCGCCGGCAACUCCGGCCCCUCCGCCUCCAGCCUCUCCAACGUCGCCCCCUGGAUCACCACCGUGGGGGCUGGAACUCUCGACCGGGACUUCCCAGCCUAUGUGGUGCUCGGAAAUGGCAAGAACUAUAGUGGAGUCUCCCUCUAUAGUGGCAAGCCGCUUCCGAGCUCGCCGCUUCCCAUCGUGUACGCCGGGAACGCCAGCAACGCCACCGGCGGGAAUCUUUGCAUGCCGGGGACGCUGAUGCCGGAGAAGGUGGCCGGAAAGAUCGUUCUCUGCGAACGCGGGAUCAGUCCCCGGGUCCAGAAGGGCUACGUCGUGCGCGACGCCGGCGGAGCCGGGAUGAUCCUCGCUAACACCGACGCCAACGGCGAGGAGCUCGUCGCCGACGCCCACCUCCUCCCCGCCAACGGCGUCGGCGAAAAGGCCGGCGACGCCAUCAAAAGGUAUCUAUUGUCCGAGAUGAGUCCGACGGCAACCAUCGUUUUCGGGGGGACGAAGGUGGGGGUGCGGCCGUCGCCGGUGGUGGCGGCGUUCUCGUCGCGGGGGCCGAACGUGGUGACACCGGAGAUCCUGAAGCCGGACCUGAUUGCCCCCGGGGUCAAUAUCCUCGCCGGGUGGACCGGCGCGGUGGGGCCCACGGGGCUGUCGGUGGACUCGCGGCGGGUGGAAUUCAGCAUCAUCUCCGGGACCUCCAUGUCGUGUCCCCACGUCAGCGGCCUUGCCGCCCUCCUCAAAGGUGCCCACCCGGACUGGAGCCCCGCCGCCAUCCGCUCCGCCCUCAUGACCACCGCCUACGCCGAUUACCCCGGCGGCAACGGCGGCGUCCUCGACGUCGCCACCGGCAAGGCCGCAACCCCCUUCGACUACGGCGCCGGCCAUGUCGACCCCCGGCGCGGCAUGGACCCGGGCCUCGUCUACGACCUCACUGCCGACGACUACAUCGACUUCCUCUGCGCCCUUAACUACACCUCCCUCCAGAUCGCCGCCGUCGCCAAAAGGACCAACUACACCUGUGACCGUAAAAGGACCUACGCGGUGUCAGGACUCAACUACCCGUCCUUCGCGGUGGCGUUCGAGACGGCGAGCGGGGACCGCGUCGGCGUGGCUACGGUGAAGCACACGAGGACGAUGACCAGCGUGGGGGGGCCUGGGACGUACAAGGCAACGGUGGCGACAGCGGUGACCGGCGGAGAGGUGAAGGUGGCGGUGGAGCCGGCGGAGCUGAGCUUCACGAAGGUGGGGGAGAAGCAGAGCUACACGGUGAGCUUCUCGGCGCCAUCGUUGCCGUCGGGAUCGUCGGGGUUCGGCCGCCUCGAGUGGUCCGAUGGCAAGCACGUGGUCGCCAGCCCCAUCGCGUUCACCUGGACUUGAGAUCACAUCAUCGCAACGACCGACAAGAAAUGGACGGUGAUUGAUGGGGUGGGGAGUGAUUGCUGAGGUACGCCAGCAAGCCGGUGGACCACAGCGUCCUUGUUGCUGCUAUUUUCAGAUGGCAACGUGACAACUAAACGUUGCCGGUGCUUGCUUCCUUAUUUACUUGCAAAUUUGCGAUUUUAUUGCUGUUUUCCGCUAAUUAAGCAGGAUGGAGGGACAAGGAAAUGGAAAAUCAAGAGAAAAAAAAAGCUUACUUGGGCAAUUUGUAUACUAUUUAUAUACAAAAUAGAUGCAAGGUGCUGAGCUGGUUUGGGUCCCUAAAAUAUGGAAAUCGAAGUAAAGGAGCUUAGUUUGUAUGGUGGCUGUCUGUUGAUUUGGUUAAUGAUGUUUAUGGCAUACCCAACAACAGCAGGAAAGUGUAUCAAUUUACUUCAACUGUAGCGAUAAUUAAAUGUUAGGUGAUGGGCCGGAAAAUGUAGCCAUUGAUUUGAAACUUAGUAUGAAGGUUUAUUUAUGGUUA